CGGCCAAUGGUUAUUUAAAAUCACGGUCCACGUGAGAGUAGUGUGCUUAUCGAUUGCGCCUCAGUGUUGACAAACGAAGCACUUGCGCUUUGCGGUCCCAGUCUACAGGAGCCAGGAUGCGAAGAGAUGCUUCUUUAAUUUAACGUCAGAUCAAGUUUGAUCAAUAUCCCCCUGCUGGCCCAAUUGGAAGAGCCGUAUUCUCAAUCAGACCUUCUACUCUCUCUACCACCAUCUUUGGGACAAAUCCCUGCUUUUUUCCAGCGGCAGAAAAUUUGCUCUGCAACCCCACUCGCACUUCAAUGAACCUAAUUGGUGCGCUGUGAGAAACCAUAAAUCUGGAGGAUUUCCUUAGCAUCCACGGCUGUGUUCAUGGUUUCGCCUUAUCAGUUUCGUUUUAGGAGUUGAAUUUAAAGGUUGGAGAAAAUGGCACAUAACGUGGUUCUUUUCUUACUGUGGCUUUUUGGUAAAACCCUCGCAGGCUUCCCUAACCAGAUAAACAUAGGGGGACUCUUCAUGCGGUCUACGGUGCAGGAACACAGCGCCUUCAGAUUCGCUGUUCAGCUGUAUAACACCAAUCAAAAUGUGACCGAGAAACCUUUUCAUCUGCAUUAUAAUGUAGAUAACCUCGAAUCUUCCAACAGCUUUUCUGUCACCCAUGCAUUCUGCUCCCAGUUCUCCAGGGGCGUGUACGCCAUCUUCGGAUUCUACGACAAGAACUCCAUGAACACCCUGACCUCCUUCUGCGGAGCUCUGCACACCUCCUUCGUCACCCCCAGCUACCCCACCGACGCCGACGUGCAGUUCGUCAUCCAGAUGAGGCCCGCGCUGCGUGGUGCCGUCCUCAGCCUCCUGUCCCACUACAAGUGGGAGAAAUUUGUCUACCUCUACGACACGGACAGGGGUUUCUCCAUUCUACAAGCCAUCAUGGAGGCAGCAGUGGCUAACAACUGGCAAGUGACUGCACGGUCAGUGGGGAGUGUGACGGAUCCCCAGGAGUAUCGACGCAUCAUCGAAGAGAUGGACAGGAGACAAGAGAAGCGCUACCUAAUAGACUGUGAAGUGGAUCGGAUAAACACCAUUCUGGAACAGGUUGUGGCCUUGGGCAAGAACAGCCGUGGCUACCACUACAUUCUGGCCAAUCUGGGCUUUACUAACGUGAGCCUGGAUAAGGUCUUUCUGGGUGGAGCAAAUAUAACAGGGUUUCAGAUAAUAAACCCUGAAAACCCCAUUGUGCAGCAGUUCCUCCAGCGCUGGGAUCGUCUGGACGAGAGAGAGUUCCCCGAGGCCAGGAACACACCACUGAAGUAUACAUCGGCGCUGACCCACGACGCCAUCCUGGUGAUCGCCGAAGCCUUCCGCUACCUGCGCCGGCAGAGGGUGGACGUGUCCAGGAGAGGGAGCGCGGGGGACUGCCUGGCCAACCCCGCGGUCCCUUGGAGCCAGGGCAUCGACAUUGAGCGAGCCCUCAAAAUGGUCCAAGUACAAGGUAUGACAGGGAAUAUCCAGUUUGACAGCUUUGGUCGAAGAUCAAACUACACGGUUGACGUGUAUGAGAUGAAAACAGGCGGACCGCGGAAGAUCGGGUACUGGAACGAAUUUGAAAGAUUCGUUUAUAUUAUGGAUCAGCAGGUCACCAACGAAUCGUCGUCAGUGGAAAACCGAACAAUUGUGGUCACUACUAUUAUGGAAGCUCCGUACGUGAUGUACAAGAAAAACCACAUGCACCUGGAAGGGAACGACAAGUAUGAAGGCUACUGUGUCGAUUUAGCUUCUGAGAUCGCGAAACACGUGGGGAUCAAAUACAAACUGUCCAUUGUAAUGGACGGAAAGUAUGGCGCCAGGGACCCAGAGACCAAAACGUGGAACGGGAUGGUGGGUGAACUGGUGUAUGGGAGGGCUGAUAUAGCAGUAGCACCACUAACCAUAACGCUGGUUCGAGAGGAAGUCAUAGACUUUUCCAAGCCCUUCAUGAGCCUGGGGAUCUCUAUCAUGAUCAAGAAGCCGCAGAAGUCCAAACCCGGCGUCUUCUCCUUCUUGGACCCCCUGGCCUACGAAAUCUGGAUGUGCAUCGUGUUCGCCUACAUUGGAGUCAGUGUAGUCCUGUUCCUGGUCAGCCGCUUCAGUCCCUACGAAUGGCACUUGGACGACAAUGACGAAGCGAAAGACCCUCAAACACCCCCAGACCCGCCGAAUGACUUUGGGAUCUUUAACAGCCUCUGGUUCUCCCUGGGGGCCUUCAUGCAACAGGGAUGCGAUAUUUCACCCAGGUCCUUGUCAGGGAGAAUAGUGGGAGGUGUCUGGUGGUUCUUCACCCUCAUCAUCAUCUCGUCCUACACGGCCAACCUGGCAGCCUUCCUGACUGUGGAGAGGAUGGUCUCGCCCAUCGAGAGCGCUGAGGAUCUUGCCAAACAAACCGAGAUCGCCUACGGUACCUUGGACUCAGGCUCCACCAAAGAGUUCUUUAGACGCUCAAAAAUAGCCGUGUAUGAAAAAAUGUGGUCGUACAUGAAAUCCGCAGAGCCCUCUGUCUUUGCCAAGACCACACCUGACGGGGUCGCCCGGGUACGGAAGUCGAAGGGCAAGUUCGCCUUCCUACUGGAGUCGACCAUGAACGAGUACAUUGAGCAGCGGAAGCCGUGCGAUACGAUGAAAGUGGGCGGGAAUCUCGACUCUAAAGGCUACGGUGUGGCCACACCCAAGGGCUCAGCAUUAAGAAAUGCUGUUAACCUGGCAGUUUUAAAACUGAACGAGCAGGGCCUCUUGGACAAAUUGAAAAACAAAUGGUGGUACGACAAGGGAGAGUGCGGCAGCGGGGGAGGUGACUCCAAGGACAAGACAAGUGCUCUGAGCCUUAGCAAUGUGGCAGGAGUCUUCUACAUUCUGGUUGGCGGCCUGGGGCUGGCCAUGAUGGUCGCUUUGAUAGAGUUCUGUUACAAGUCACGGGCAGAGUCCAAAAGACUGAAACUCGCAAAGAACGCCCAAAACUUUAAGCCAGCUCCCCCAGCAAACACCCAGAAUUUUGCCACAUACCGAGAAGGCUACAAUGUGUACGGAACAGAGAGUGUUAAGAUCUAGGGUUGGAAGGAUCCAGAGCCACUUGCAGUAAAAGCCGACACCUACGAGCAAAACGGUUGAAGAGAUGGUACUUGGGCCUGGACCUUAUCUUGAGCCCCUGAGCACUAGCCUUGCGGUGUCAAGCACGAUAAUCUUUGACGAAGACACGGACAGGAAUUGUCGCUGAAAGUACUGAAUUUGUCUCCUACUGUGCCUUACGGAACAUUCAGAGAGUCACAACAAUGCAACUCAUUCUAGUAAUAUUGCUUCACUUGAAAUACAAAAAAAAAAAAAAAAAACAUAGCAAAGGACGAAUGACAUCAUAUCCUGUGAACAUUACAGUACAGAUACUUUGAAAGGAAAAAGAAAUCAUCACUUGCAACCCUAGCACAUUUGGAAGUGCCACACUGAGGGGGAAUCUACUUGAGAAGACAUGGUGCAUUGACGUUCUUUAAAAAAAAAAAUCUGAUUUAAAUUAUUUAAAAAUAAAAAUUAUUUUCACAGUCAGAUCUUGCCAAUAAAACAUAGUAAAGCAAGAUUCUUCAGUGUAUUGCAACCAUCCCAUUCAUUUUCCCAGAAAUGUAUUUUAAAAGAUACUUACAGUGAUUUCUGAUGAUAAUUUGUUGGAUUGGUAAAUAUAUAUAAUUAUUUCAGCUGCAUCAAAUAAUUAGAGAGAUUAUGCCGUUUCACUUCAUGUACAAUUACCAUUGUUGUGUUGUAAUCGUGAACCCUGGUGCCGCUGAUACCUUAGAACCCGACAGCCAAUAUGCAGGAGUUUAUGAGCCGACAGUACUUCUCCACUGGAGUUACUCUGGACAAAAUUAAAUGUGACAUUUGGCUUAUGACAAAAGACCACAUCUGGCACAAUCCCCAGUACUGCCAAAAAGAUGUGUCUGCCGAGAGAGGAUUUAUUUCUCUCAUGUAAGCGGCUUGUGAAAUUCAAUUGGUGCCAAAUUUUUACUCAGUGCAAUAACUGAACAGAACCUAAACAGUACAUGAGAACAAAAUUAAUUAUACGCCACUAAAAACAGGGUUUAAAAACACACACACACAUGUACACUUGCAUAUGUAUUAUGCAUUGUCUGCUGAGAAGUUUUAGUUUGCUGCUCAUAUUUUGCAAGCAGUUUUCUUUAAUUCUGUAGAAAUAAAAGUCUACUUUGAAAGGAAUGACAAAUAAAUUAAGUGGACUUUUCAAAUGCAGAUAUACAGCAUUGCAAUCAAUUUAAUGGCUUCGAAACCAAUAUUUUUGGUUUACCUUCUCUAUUUCCUUAAAUGACAGCACAUUUUAAAUCAAGUUGUGGUUUGCUUUUGAUUUAGUUUCCAUUUAUGGGCGUAUUAGUGUUUGGUGCAAAACAUCUUUUUUAAAUUUAAACAAUUAAAAUGGGAAAUUAAUUUUGCCCAAAGAUCACUGCGGGGGCACGUUUUAAACUAAAGCUUAACCAUUUUCCAUUAACGCUGUUACAAAUAUUUUCUUUUCUCUAAGAAAACUGUGAUUCUGUAGUAUUCAUGAUAUGCCAAGAUGGAAUUUCUUGAAGAUGACUAAAAACAUAUGGAAAGAUAGUUUUAUAUAAAAAAGAAAAAAAAAUGAAACAAAAAGAUGUAAAUGAUACCUGUACAUUUGUUUAAACAAAGUUAAUUUAUGAGUGUGAAGGCUUCACAAAUGAGUUUGAUAGAUUUGCUGAUUUUUAAAAAUGCAUGUAUUAAUUGGUGACUGCUUAAUAAGCCCUGCUACUUCAGAGUGUAGGAGGUCAGCAUUAGAAACUCAACUUCCAUUUUUAAUUAUUUUAUCCUUUCUUCCCUUUUUGUUACUGCACUAUUGCGAAAAAGAAAAUUGCUGAGCAACUUAGCGAUUACAAAAGAACAAGAACUGCAUGUGUGGGAAUAAUUAACCAAGCCUCGUUAGUGAGGUGUUGUACAAAGAAUUUUAAUACAUUUUGUAAAUAAAGCUGUAUAGUAAA